AACAACGCAACGCAUCGCAUCACAGCCAGCUAUAGCCAGGCUCCUUGUUUUCCAAAUUAAAGCCUUUUUUCUUAAUUUCCCUAGCUCCAAGUCGAGUGUGUGUGAUCGAGAGAGCUAGCUAGCAGAUCGAGCGCGCGCAUGAUGGCGACGACGACGAGGAGUAGGCCGAUGCUGCUCGCCUUGGCCGCGGUGGUGGCGACGCUGCUGGUGGUGGCCGCGCCGGCGCCGGCGUCCGGGCAGCCCGGCCCCGGCGGCGUCGUUGGGGGCGCCAUGUCGUGCACGGCGUCGCUGGUCACCAGCUUCACGCCGUGCCUCAACUUCAUCACCAACGGCAGCGCCUCCCCGACCGACGACUGCUGCCGGUCGCUGGGGGCGCUGAUGAGGGCCAGCACCGGCUGCGCGUGCCUCAUCCUCACCGGCAGCGUCUCCGUCGGCGUGCCCGUCAACCGGACGCUCGCCGUCCGGCUGCCCAGGGCGUGCAACUCCACCUCUCUCCAGCUGCAGUGCCGAGACGCGUCCUCAGCUCAGAGCCCAGCUCCAGGCCCCGUCGCAGAUGCGCCUGCGCCCUCUCUGUCCACGGCCCCGUUGCCACCACCAGCGACGGCGGCGGCAGCGCCGGAGCCUGACGAAGCACCGGCGCCGGCCACGCCCACGGCCGCGGCGCCGGUCAGCCAGGGGCAGACGAGGCCGACGGUUGUGCCCGGCGCCUCCUCCUCCUCCUCCUCGACAGCAAGCUCGGACGCGCCAGCGACGGCUGGGUUUGUACUGUUGCUUGCAAUUGGAGCUGCGCUCAUGACCUGAUGCGAUGGUUCGCUAAAUAACGUCGGAGCACUGGAGUGUCUUGGUGAAUCUUAUUAGCUGCUAUUUAAUUAUUAGUAUCUGUUUGUUACUAAAUCGAUGGUGUUCUGAACUGGCAGUGCCUGCUGUAUUUUACCACAUUUUUUUGUCACGGUGUUUGAACCUUUCAUCAGUUUCGUCGUCAGGACUUAGCAGAAUAAUGUACUGUGUACUGUUAUGGUGGAAUAUAUUUUUUUAUUGUCU